AUGACCUUACCUAAUAUAUCUGCUUAUUUUUGUUCUAAUUGUCAACAAGAAUGUUCCACUAACGAUUAUCCAGUGAAAACAUCAUCAGCUUCUGCACCACCGGAUUGGCUUAUAGAUCAAAUAAAAGUAUUUGUAGGAAAUUCAUUGAUUACAUUGCCCAGUGAUUGGUCGACAUCGUGGCGUACUCAUAUUCAAAAUAGUUAUGUGGCAAUUGAUGUUGUGCGAGAGUCAAUGCUGGUCGAAAAAUACACACAACAAGCAACAAUGAGCGGAGUUGAUCUUCUAUCAAACGUUGGCGGUCAAACGGGCCUUUGGAUCGGUAUUAGUUUUCUUUCAUUGGUGGAAGUUGCCGAAAUGAUCUAUCGACUUAUACGUUAUCAAUAUCAUUUCUUUUAUGAUGCUCAUAGAAAAGAGACACCAAUCGAAACAAUCCAUGAACAAAAUUAA